AGAUAAUACCCUUUAAUGUUUAAAUAACAAAUGAAUCCAGAUAGCUAGUGAAACAUUCAUCUUUCUUUAUGCACAAGUAUAACAAUAUAAUUAACACCCUCCUUUGGCUUUGAUCAUCAGAUUAACAGAUAUCAUCAUAUUGGUGGAGACAUUGUAAGUUUAGCGUCUAAACUCGGACUUGAAACUAAUAAUGAGUCUCAUUCGUUGGUCUUUUAUCCUAUGGAUAACCAUGAUUCUUUUUACCCAUAAUUUGGAUAAUGUGGAAGGAAGAUACCACAGUCACAAGAGGCAGAACAAAAAUUCCCCUGCUCAUAAGCCACCUGCUAAGUCCCCUACAUUAAAAAACCCUUCACCCCCUUCCACUUCCCCUAGUGUACCCUCUAACCCUUCAAACAACAUUUUCAAUGUAAGAUCCUUUGGUGCGGUUGGAGAUGGUUCAGCUGAUGACACUGAUGCAGUCGUGGGAGCAUGGAAAUCAGCCUGUGCAGUAAAGUCAGGGGUUGUUCUUCUUCCAGAAAAUUACUAUUUCAAAAUCACUUCAACUAUCUUUUCAGGUCCAUGCAAGCCAGGACUUGUGUUUCAAGUUGAUGGUACUCUCAUGGCACCAAAUGGACCAGAAUCCUGGCCUAAGAAAGAUAGUCGCGAUCAAUGGCUUGUAUUCUAUCGACUUGAUCAAAUGACUCUGACCGGGAGAGGAAUCAUAGAAGGCAAUGGGGAACAAUGGUGGGAUCUUCCUUGCAAACCUCAUAGGGGUCCUAAUGGAAAGACUGUAUCAGGACCAUGUGAAAGCCCUACAAUGAUACGGUUCUUCAUGAGCUCCAAUUUGGUGCUGAGUGGGGUGAAAAUUCAAAAUAGUCCUAUGUUCCAUGUAAAAUUCGAUGGUUGUCAAGGAGUGAUAAUUGACAAAUUGUCAAUUUCUUCACCUAAACUCAGUCCUAAUACUGAUGGAAUCCACUUAGGGAACACAAAGGGUGUUGGGAUAUAUAACUCCAUGAUAAGCAAUGGUGAUGAUUGCAUUUCGAUUGGUCCUGGGUGCUCAGAUGUGGACAUAGAGGGUGUAACUUGUGCUCCUACCCAUGGUAUAAGCAUUGGAAGCCUUGGAGUGCACAAUUCUCAGGCAUGUGUCUCAAACUUAACUGUUCGCAACACCAUCAUAAAGGAAUCAGACAAUGGUCUUAGGAUCAAGACAUGGCAAGGUGGCACAGGCUCAGUGAAUGGCCUAAGAUUUGAAAACAUCCAAAUGGAGAAUGUGCAGAACUGCAUCAUCAUUGACCAAUACUAUUGCUUGUCCAAGGAGUGUCUCAAUCAAACUUCAGCUGUGCAUGUAAAUGAUGUAUCAUAUAGGAACAUAAAGGGUACUUAUGAUGUGAGAACCCCUCCUAUACACUUCGCAUGCAGCGACACUGUGGCCUGCACUAACAUAACACUCUCUGAAAUUGAGCUUUUGCCAUAUGAAGGGAAAUUACAAGAUAACCCUUUUUGCUGGAAUGCUUAUGGAACUCAAGAGACCAUGACUAUACCUCCACUUGAUUGCUUAAGAGAAGGUGACCCUGAUACAAUUGUUGAUCUCUCCCAAUAUAAAUGUACAAGCUAACAUGUCACAUUGAAUUGUGGUUAGUGAUAUGGGAGGUAUACCAUAUAUAUAUAGUACAUGUAUAGAGUAAGAGAACCAUUGUUGUUGGUUGUGAUUGUGGUCUUAUAUUUGUUAGGAUUCGUCCCUAUUUGGGGUUUCCCCUUGUGUGUGAUGAGUGAUGAGAUAUAGAAUUAAGUCUCUUUGUUGGGACAUACAUUGUGAUA